GUGAAAAUACAAGAUUUCCAUAUAAAGGAGUACUGUCCUGAGUUCUCUUUUUCGCUUUCUGUGUGGCUCUGAAUCUGUGAAUCGCUACUGACUGAUGAGUCAUGUGAGCCAGUAAAAUAACAACAACCUCGCGACGCGUGAGAGUUUUGACAGUUUUUCGGUCCCGCAGAUAUUUUAUCGGAAAUUUGGACAGUGUGUUCGUUCGCCAGUCGCCACUGUGACUGAGAGCCUCUGAGAGACACGUAAACUUCUGAAGUUCCCACAGAUGCAGCUGUGCUGCCGUGCUGGUGCUGAAGAUAUUUUUAAAAAAUAAACAGAACAGAAAUCCUUAAAAGUACGAGGGCUGGUGCUAACGACACGGCAUAACCUUGUAUCUCUUUUUGUACAAGAAUAUAUAAGCAUCAAAGCGUGGACUUAUAUAUAAGACCAAGAAUAUCAAAAUUAUGUCAAAGCGCCCCACCAGACAAUCAUCUUCACAGACGCCCAAGAAGGCCAAAAACGACAUGGACAAGGAUCAGACCUGCAUAAACGCUAUACGAUGCCUGAGUGCUGACAUGCCCUCGGCGGCCAAUUCUGGUCACCCAGGAGCUCCUAUGGGAUGUGCGCCUUUGGCAUACCUUCUAUGGACUAAAUUCAUGUCUUACGAUCCCCAGGACCCCUCAUGGCUCAACCGUGAUCGGUUUGUCCUAUCCAACGGUCAUGCAUGUGCACUACAAUAUGCUAUGCUGCACUUAACAGGAUAUGACCUCUCAAUGGAAGAUUUGAAGAAUUUCCGUCAAAUCGGCAGCAAGACCCCAGGACACCCCGAGCGUGAUGAUACGCCUGGUAUUGAGGUGACCACAGGACCUCUCGGUCAAGGUGUGGCCAACGCUGUUGGUUUGGCUAUGGCUGAGAAGCACAUGGCUGCUACCUUCAACACGUCCGAUUUCCCCGAUCUGAUCGACAACACCGUGUACGUGAUCAUGGGUGAUGGUUGUCACCAGGAAGGUGUCAGUUCUGAGGCUUGCUCUUUGGCUGGACACUUGAAGCUAGGUAACCUCAUCGUUCUUUACGACGAUAACAGUAUCACUAUCGAUGGUGACACCAGUCUUUCAUUCACGGAGGAUGUACCCAAGCGUUUUGAAUCUUACGGCUGGGAAACCAUCACAGUUGACGGUCUCGACUCGGAUAUCACCGACUUAGAGGCUGCUAUUGAGAAGGCAAAACUGAGCAAGGACAAACCCACUCUCAUCUCUUGCAAGACCACUAUCGGAUUCGGUUCUGGAAUCCAGGGUACACACGGCGUCCACGGAGCACCUCUAAAGCCCGACGAUCUCAAGCAAGUGAAGGAAAAAUUCGGUUUCAACGGAGACGAUAAGUUUGUUGUACCUAGCGAUGCUCUGGCCGUGUUCCGUGAGGCCGGAGCCAAAGGAGCCGCCGCACACGCCGAGUGGAAGGGCCGUUUCGAGCAGUACAAGAUUGCCGAGCCCGCUAAAGCCGUUGAGUUGGCCCGACGACUGUCUGGUAAGCUACCCGAGGACUGGCGCAAGUGCUUGCCCACCUGGACAUCGGAAGACCCUGCGCUAGCGUCCCGUCAAACUUCUGAGAAGGUGCUGAACGCCAUCGCCGAGGCUCUGCCCGAGCUAGUGGGAGGAUCCGCCGAUCUGACCCCAAGUAACUUGACACAGCUCAAGUGUUCCAGUGACUUCCAGCACGGCUCGUACGAAGGUAGAUACUUCCGAUUUGGUGUACGUGAGCACGGUAUGGCCGCUAUCUGCAACGGUCUAGCCGCCUACGGAGGUCUCGUGCCCUUCGGCGCGACCUUCUUCAACUUCAUCCAGUACAUGCUGCCUUCUGUGCGCCUGAGUGCGCUCAGUCACCUGCGUGUGCUUUACAUCAUGACACACGACUCCAUCGGCCUAGGAGAGGAUGGUCCCACCCAUCAGCCUAUCAACGCUCUGGCGCUAUGCCGUUCCAUGCCUAAUUGUCUGGCUAUCCGACCAUGUGACGGUAACGAGACGGCCGGUGCGUACGCCGUGGCGAUGGAGAACGGACACAGACCCUCCGUGCUGGUAUUUAGUCGACAAGGACUACCCCAACAAGACGGAUCCACCGUUGACAAGGUCUUCAAGGGCGCUUACACGCUUGUGAAUUGUGAGAAGCCCAAGGUCAUCUUGGUAGCUAGCGGUUCUGAAGUGCCUCUGUGCGUCGAUGCCGCUAAAUUGGUUGGCGAAGGUGCCCGAGUUGUAUCUAUGCCAUGCAUGGAUCUUUUCGAGGAGCAAUCCGCUGAGUACAAAUCGACUGUCUUCCCCGAAGGUGUUCCCGUGCUGGCUGUAGAGGCCCUUUCCGGUUUCGGUUGGGACAGAUACUCACACGCGCAGCACUGUAUGAAGACAUUCGGAGCUUCCGGCCCUCUUAAGAAGUUGUUCGUACACUUUGGUUUCACACCUGAAAACAUCUCAGAUAAGGCCAAUGGUCUAGUGAAGUUCUACGAGGGCAAACCGGUCCCAAGUCUGGUCAACCGAUUCGAGUAAAAUAAAGAAAAUUACGCGGUCGGUCGAGUAUAUCAGCACUGCAGAAUGACACCACACUCUAGGAGUGGCCGGACAGAAAUUGCCGAUCUGAGUAGGCUUGUUCGCGUAGUGCAAAAUCUAGCAUAGCGCUGCAUAAAUAAAGCGCAACAAUAUAUAGAUA